AUUUAAAUUAGUCAAAAAAUUAAAUUAUUUCUUUUGGCACUUUGUCUAAUUAAAUAUCUACUUACUAUGAAGGGGAAUAGUUUAUCAAGAUACUAUAAUUAUAAUAUGGGUAAUACACCUUAGAGCAAGUAAGAUAGGUCACUUUUGUACAGUAUUGCCAUAGAAAAUCACCCCUUCUUGUUGAUGUUGUACAUGAAGCCUUUCAAUUCCUACAUCCUAAAAUUAGUAUAGUUAUAAUAUUGCAAUGCAAUAUAUUGCAAUAUUUUGUUCAGGAUUUUUUUUGUAAAUAAUAUAAGGGGAUGUAUGGGUGAAUCAACUUUUCUUGCCUGUUAUUGCCAUGGUUACGGUCCCCUGAGUCACGCUGGUUUUAUGCAAAAUUAUGCUACUGAAAUUAUGCCAGCAUGCAUGUAGUCCAUGUUUGUAGGUGGCAAAUUAAGGAAAGAGCUUGUUAACAUCGGAAAAUAUGUGUUUGCAUAGUUUAAGUUGCAUAAUUUUGCAUAAAACCAGCGUGACUGAGCCCAUAGCCAUGGCAAUAACAGGCAAGAAAAAGUUGAUUCACCCAUAUAAAUUUUUAUUUGUUGUCCUUCUUUGUAUUUUUAAAGGGGUGACUGCACCCCUGUAUUGAGUGGUGACUUGCUACUCUUUGACAGCACAGUAAGAAAACAUAUGAACUGUAGUAUUGAUGUUUAAUAAAAAUAACUAUAUAUCAUUCACAGUAAUAGUCUAUAACUAUACUGUUGAUAAGGAAGGGCAGUAGUUAUUUCCUGCAUUGAUAUCAUUUCUUAAUCAAAUGUUUCAUAAGGACAAGGCUGAUUGGUAUUUAACUUGAUAAACAUAGACAAGAGAGGAUACCCAAUCAUUUUAUAAUAAAUAUAAUAGGUACAGGUACCUAAUGAAGGUCAUGUUUUAGAAAACUUUCAAACACCCCUUAUUAGUAUAGAAGUUCGGAAAAGAAAACUAAACAUUCCCACUUCAAAUAAUCUCUACAAGUGAAUAUUAUAUGUCCAAUAUAAAAAUCCUAUUAGAAUUUUCAACUUCCAAUCGGAAUAUAAUUACAGCCACAUUUUCCUCUUUUCUUUUAUAUUUCAAUUUUUCCUGUGGCUAAACAUUAUUACUAAAAAUAAGUGGAGAGGCAAGCUUUUACACCACGAUGGAACAUCGCACGUCAAACGCGAAGGGAACCAUAAAAGUUGCACAGUAGGGUACGAAUAUUGAUCAAGGGUGACUCUGUGUUAGUGCGCACCCCUCUGCGCGUUAGUGUGCGUGACCCUCGCCCGUGCCGGCCAUCGCGCCCCAGAACUCACCCAAUUUAUAAACACUAAAUACUAAAAACCGUGAAAAAAAAAGUUAAGUAAACCGUGUAGCAAAGGAACUUAUUCGUAAUGGAAAGUAAGCAAGAUAAAAUCGUAGAUAGGAUACCGCGUCCGACUUCAUAAAAAUCAAUAAAUCACGUUGCGAUUCCUCCAAUAAAAUAUAACGUCCGCGUGGAGUGCAUUACUACAGUACUGCUUGCAUUUCAGUGAUCUAAAGAACUACCAAUGUUCAAUCACAAGCUACCGACUGACUUUCCAAUGCAAACCCUCCGUAAGAAAACCAGCCCUUGCAAAUGUGAGUGCACUGUGUUUAUCUCGCUUCUCUUUAUUUAAACGGUGUUCUUAGCGGCUAAAUGUAACGAUCACAUAAGCUUUCCUUUAUUUGCGAUGUAUGUUGUAAGCAUGGAAGCUAUUCACCCUAAGCCCCGAGUUUUGCUCAUGUCAUAAUUAGUGCUCCCUGAUUUGGACAGAGAGUUGGCGUGCGGCGGCGGAGUAGUACUGUUUAGUAAGGGAAUAUGCAGGUGUGUCAUUUCCAGCAUCUGUUGAGGCAGUUCGACAAGAACGAGCCGGGCCGUUUCCUGGGCGAGGGGGUGUCGUUCCGGGCGAAGCUGAUCGGUGUGUUGGAAGUGCCGGAGGCGCGGGGGGACCGCAUGUGCCAGGAGGCGCUGGCGGACCUGAAGAUGGCGAUCCGGGCGGCGGGCGAGCACAAGCAGCGGAUACAGGUGCAUGUCGCCAUCGACGGUCUGAGGCUGCGGGAUGACAAGACUGGGGACUCGCUGUACCACCAUCCCGUGCACAAGAUCUCCUUCAUCGCCCAGGACAUGACAGAUUCAAGAGCGUUCGGCUACAUAUUCGGCGCUCCGGACACUGGCCACCGGUUCUUCGGCAUUAAGACUGAUAAAGCUGCUAGUCAAGUAGUCAUAGCGAUGCGGGACUUAUUCCAAGUCGUCUUCGAGUUGAAGAAGAAAGAGAUAGAACUAGCGAAACAGCAGCUCGAAGGGAAAUCCGUCACAAGCAGUCUAGUGAGACAUACUUCCACCAUCACCGAUGUUAAAUCUAAGAAUAUCACAACAAUCGGCGAAACAAGCACAUCGACUCCAAAAAGCCAAGACACAGCAGAAGGGGGCGUUGCAGAACUAGUGGAUUUGGAGCAAGAACUCAGUUCCUUAAGGAGGGGACUGACGCAAGUCGAGGGCCUGACACCGUCCACGGACCCGUUUGGAGAUUCUUUUAUAGUGCCGUCACAGAAAGGUCUCCUACCGCCGCCCCCCGGCGUCAGCACCGCCACACGUACCCGCUCCUCCGCCUCCGCGACCGCUACCGCUACCUCCUCCGCCCCCGCUACCUCCUCCGCUCCGCGCACCGUCUUCAGUCCCAAUAAGACGCAACUGCCGUUCGAUCUGCCGCCGGAAUUAGAACCGCCGGCGCCGCAGCGGUUAGAGCCUGAAGCUCCGGUCCGGACCUCGACGGCGCUCGGUUACGACGUAUUCACCGAACUAGACCCCCUCGGCACCGGCCGAAGUAAACCUUACGUUGACAAAAAACUCUUCUUUCAGGAGCUCAAAAACCCCCCAAAGAAAGUACUCAAAGAUCUCGUCCCUACCCAGUCUCUACUCACAGAAAUGACGGAGCAAGAGUACGGGCAAACUACCAUGACGUCGUUAACUAGACACUCUGGUGGGACAGUUUCUAUCGGACGUCCGCUUUACUCCGCUGGCAAUUUUUUCGCGCAAAUCGAUCCGUUCGAAGAGACGGAUCCGUUUGACAGCACUGAUCCUUUUUCGGACUCGUUUAAGGAGGAUCCGUUUACGAGUAUGCAGGAGUUUCCGAAGCAGAGGCGGAGUAAGAACUCGUUUACGAUGCGAGAGGAGUACGAAAGGAGCCUUGAGAGAGAGAGGGAGAGAGAAUCGCGGCCGAAGCAGCUGCAGUCGCAGGCGUCACUGCAAUCGCAGUCGCAACCACAAACGCAGUCACAAGUACCUACGGAGGGGAAGAAUGUGUUCAAUGGGCCGCUGCAGGUCACAUUGCCGCCUGAGCCCAUUCCUAAGUCGCCUAGGCUACAAAGACAGAACACAGACACAAGCACAAUCCGUCAACGUCCACAGCCCAGUUCCAAGCUAAACGCCGAAAGCGCGUCGCCGCCACCACCCUUACCACCUAAGAAGAUCGGGGAACUCACCGUCACCCGCCCCCCGCCUCGACCCCCUCAGAUAGAGGAGGAGGGGCCACCAUUACCACGGCCGGCGAGAAAGAGAGAGCCUCUGGCGGACCGCACCAUGAAGCCACGAUUAUCAUCAGCCGCCACAACGAGUAGUGAAGACGAGUACUUAUCGCCCGCGCCGCCGCCUUUACCCGCCGCUCGACGUUUCGACAUCACCCUCAGUCAACUACUCACUUGCAGUAUGGAGGAGCUAGCUCACAGGUUAAGAGUUCCUGCAGCGACUUUGUCGUCCAUGACGCUACCUCAACUCACGGAUUACCUCAGGUCCUACCUCGCUGCGGACAACGAUAGAGCGCACAUCCACAUAGAACCUUCGCAAUCAGAUAAAGAAAAAGACAGACCGCCACUUUCAAUACCAAUGUCGACCACGAUAUCAGACAAGCCCCCUCCAACGACCUCAACUAUUACGUCCAUAGCCUCAGACUUUAAACCACAAUUUGAAGAUAAUUUCGCUCCAACCGAAACUGGCGAAUUUGUUGCUAACUUCGACGAUUUCGACAAAAAAGCCAACCCAAGCUACGACCGAUAUGCCGCCUUUAGAGAAAUACAAGAGCAAGAACUAAAAGCCAAAUCCAUCUUAGAUCCUAUCGAAGAUAAGAAUAAUGAAGAAACUAAACAAGAUUCUGACGAAAAAGAAGAAUUAGCGGCCAUAAACGAUAUCAUCAUAGCCAAUGAGGAAGUCAAGGAAAACAAUCGUAGCCCUCUAAAAACAUUAGACGAACUAACGUUAGACUCUUUCAACAUGUUCAGACAAUCCGUCAGUCCGAAACCGACGCAAAUCGACGCGAAAAUCGAAGACAUUAAAUCCGUUAUGAAGAAUUUACAAAUAGAACAAUCUAGAAGAUCAGUGUCGCCCAGAGAAAAUAAUACGGAAGUUAAAAAUGAAGAUACUAACGAUAGAUACGCGGCGUUACGUGAAAUAACUAUCACAGAGCCACAAGAUGAAUUCGAAUCAUUACCACCUGAAGCGCCUAAAGAAAGAAAGCGAUCGGAUGAGAAAUCAGAUGGAUUCGAUAAUUCCGAUUUCUUCGACUGUAUUGACAACAGCAGUCUGUCCUUUACGCACGUGGAGGAAGCGUUUAGAAAGAGUCCAGUGGUGAAAGAGAAGGAAGAAGUAAAGGUGGAAGAGAAACCGGUGGAACUAGCGCCAGUGAGGGAUCUUCAGCCGCCGCAGAGGCUGUCCACGGGGUCUAUUAGCGACGUGGCUAGCGGGUCUUCACCGGAUACUAAAGAAAAAUGCGUGAGCCGUGGAGCUGGGCGCUCAGGGCGCUGGGCAGUGCUGGGCGCCGGCGCGUCCCCGUGGUCGUCGGACUCGCGCGAGUCGGAGCCGCGCCACGCCUGGCGCGAGCGCCGCCGCCGCCACCACAGCCCACCGCCCGGCGCCGCGCAAACAUCAUCGUCAUCACGUGACGUAUCGCCGUGGGAUGAAGAGCCCCCACCGAGCCGCUUGCAACGACCACCGCACCGUGACCGAGAAUCUAGACACAACUCAUCGCAAGGCUCAAGAGAAUGCCUAGACUCCGGCAGCGGGCGAGAAAAGGACAAAAUCCGAGACAAACGAGACAGCCGAGACAGAGACAGAGAUCUCAGCAGAGAGGGACGGGAGUCUCGCAGGGACUCGGGCAGCGGCCGCGACCGGCGUGACGUCAGCAAAGAGCGUGACCAUAGAGACCAUAGAGAUAGACACCGGAGGAGUAGAGAUAGGGAAAACGACACCUGGGACCGAGACAGAACAUACAGCAGGGAGAGAGAGCGAGACAGAACAUAUAGCAGAGAGCGGCCGAAGGAUUACAGGGAUAAAGAAAGGGACAGACAUAGGAAGCCGCGGCAUUCUUACGACGAGGAGGAAGAUUACAGCGACGGUUGUGGGUCUGGCAGAUCGUCUCCUAGAGGUUGGGGUUCGGAUCCGCGGUGGCGAAGUAGCGAACGAAAUUACGGGUCAUUGGGGUGGCGCGAAUCGCGGCGGCGGAAUGACUCCAGGCAGUCGGACGAACUUAGCGAACGAAGCAGGUACGGAUCGACGCUCGGCUGGCCGUCGCGUCGCUCCAACAACAGCUCCUCUCGCCGCGACUCCGACCGUGACACCCGCGACCCCCGCGACCCGCGUGACCCCCGCGACCCGCGUGACCCCGGGACCCGCGUGACCCCCGCGACCCCCGGGACCCGCGUGACCCUCGCGAACCCCGCCGACGCUCAAGGCGAGAAGAUCCAAGGCAGCGGCGAGAUUAUCGCUUCUCGAAUGACUUCUCGCCAAGGGAGCGAACGAGUCCGUUCGACAAUGACUUUACAGAGCCGCCGCCUGCUAGGAAGAAGGCGCCCUAUGCCAAUCUGGAAGGAACGAGAUUCGCCUUCGAGUCGGAAGAGAUCACCGCAUCGCCGCUCUCCACGGGCAGCGCGCGUCACGACGAGUCCUCGACUCGAUUCCGGUUCGAUUCGGACUCGGUGUCGCCGCGCUCCAUGUUCGAAGACGACUUCACGCUGUCCACGCCGCGCGCGCGCGCCGCCUCCAUCGCCGAGGAGGACGAGCACGUGCCUCCGCUCAGGCCGAAGCAGCAGCCAACCCACCGGGACAUCAAAAAGUCUGAAUCCGUAAACAUCUUUACCCGCGAGUCGGAUCCGUUUGAGAACGAUGACUUCUUCGCGUGCACCGGUUCAGACCGCGCCGCGCGCCGAGAGAACUGGCCGGGGGACUUCCAGGGGUUCAAUGCGUGAGGGCGC